UUUUUACUCUAUUUUUGAUUCAUUACCAAGAAGUGCUUAUUCAUUACAUUGACCUCGGAUUGAUUAUAAUUAUUCAGUAGAUUAAAGUGAAUUUACUUUUUAUCCGAGAACAUGGAAGUUUCCAAGAGGAAGCAACCAAAUUGAUCUUCAAGUGAAACAGUCUUUCUGAUUGGUUGAGAUGUUUGCUUGGUCUUGGCAAGAAAUGAGCAACUCAACUGUUUUGAUGCAUCCAGACGAAAUCUUGAAGAAUCUAUCAUGAAGGCGAAAAGAUGAAUACGAGGAUGUUUAUAUUAUUAUGAUUUUGGAUCAUACCAACAGCAUCUUAAGAUGGAUACCAACUCCUGGGACGUUUUUUCCUCCGCCUUCUUCACCUCCUCUUUUCAUCAUCAUCUUCAUUUUUAUCACCUCUGCUUUCUUCAUCUUCAAAUCACAAUCUUAACAUUGUAUAUCUACUCAAGGAUUGUUUUUUAAACAUUGUGAUUCUAAAAUACAAAAACAUAUUUAAUCAGGGUUGUAACCACUAAUUGUUAUCUCUUAAUUUAAAUUGAUACAAUUGAUGAGUUUGAUGAAAAGAGGAUGAUGGUAAAGAUGAUUUGGAUGUGCAGUUAAAUAAAGUUAAACGAGGAUAGAGAAGAAGAAGAAGCUUUCAGAAGUGACAAAGUAGGAGGAGAAGGAGGAGGAUUGAUAAAAGUAUAGAUUGGAGGAGGAAGAGGAGAAAGCGAGAAAAGUGAUGAGGAUGGAGUAUAAUUGCAAUAGUCCGAUGAGACCAUCUGUCCUAACAUCAUCUUCAUCGCCAUCAGGAUCAGGAUCAACAGAAUCAUUGGAAGCCCAGCGAGAUGAAUCUAGUACAUUUGAAAGGCCAAAUUCAGUGAUUAACAUUGACUCAAAUAUUAUCAACAGUCACAAUAGUAACAAUAAAGACAACAAUAACAACAACAAUGAUGGUAAUAUUAAUGAUAAAGAUGAUAAUGGUGAAACAAGUGGCAACAGUUUGCUGACUUGUCAACAAUAUCAAAACACCAACGACAAAACCAACAACAAUUCCGGUGGUAAUGGUUUAGAAUCAACUCCAUUGAAUGUUACAUCUUUAAAAGUUGUCCAAGGAGUAACAUUAAAUAAUGAGAAUCAACCAUCAACCAGUUUAAAUCGUCAUAAAAACCAUCAACAUGUACUUCGACAAACUAUGGUUCGAGCUUCCCUUACCAUGAAACAUCAUUCCCAUCAACAUCAACUACAUCAACAGCAAAAUCAUCAACUAUUACAUUUAAAUCAUCAUUCACUAACCAAUUUUACCUCUUCACCUGCUUCAAUUAUUUCAAAUAGUUCAUCGUCUGUUGUAGCAUCGCUUAAUAAUCUUAUAAUGGAGGGACUUGUUCAUAGUCAUGGUCAUCAUCACCAUCACCAUCAUUUAAUCACACCAACAGCAGGAACAACUUCUUCACUUGUGAUUCCAAGUCAUCAUUCUCAUCUCAACAUUCAUCCUCAUUCUCAUCAUCAUUCAAUUUUAAAUAAUAAUACAAGUUUAAAUGAACCGCCAACUUGCCCAUCACCGCCCUCUACUACUGAUGGUGAUUCAUUAAUUGAACCGCUUAACAGUGAUGACAAUACUUCGGAUCGUAAAUUGAUUGAAUUUAAUGUUAAUAAUAAUAAUAAUGGUAAUAAUGGACCUUUAUCGUCGCUAACCAAUUAUCCUAAGUUAAACAAUACUGUAGCAAACGGUAAUCCAUCAAAUAGUGUUCAUCAUCAUCAGCUUAUCCACAGUGUAAAUCAUCUUACCAAUAAUCAAAAUGGAGUAUCUGCAAUGUUGGUCGGUCAAUCCAAUGGUAACCUUGCAGAUGAAAGUGAAUUUUGUAUCAAAUCGUCAUCAUAUCAUUCAUUUAUAAAUAAUAAAAGAUGUUCCUCGCCCGUUGUUGACUGUGAAAACAAUUAUGAGACAACAAUAAAACAUGAAACUGGAUGUUUACCCGUUACUUCCAAGAAGAUGCGUCAAGCAAAGACAGUAAGCAAUACUUUUGCUUCUAUGGAAUCAGGAGGAUCAACCAAGGUCAGAUUGAGUAUCAAUGCAAGGGAAAGAAGACGAAUGCAUGAUCUAAACGACGCAUUGGAUGAACUGCGAUCUGUUAUUCCUUAUGCUCAUUCACCUUCUGUUAGGAAAUUAUCGAAAAUUGCAACUCUUCUUUUGGCCAAAAACUAUAUCCUUAUGCAGGCUAACGCAUUGGAAGAACUUCGAAGGAUAAUAACUUUCAUGAAUCAAUCAGGAAUUCCCUUACCACCAGGAAUGGCUGCUGCUUGUGCUGCUGCAGCAUCGAUACCUUCAUUAACAAAUCCAUUUAAUGGUGAACCUCCAGCAAAUUUUAAUCAAAAUCAAGCUCGUCCAUCAAUAGGACUUAACGGAUCUUUACCAAUACCAUCGAAUAAAAGUUCUACUGAUCUUGCCAGUUUACCCAGCAAUGUUAAUGCUAUUAACGAUUGUGGUUCACCAUUGACUCCAAUUGCUGGGUUAAUUGACCGUUCAGUGGUGGAUAAAUUGGCUCCAGUGGGCCCGAUUAAUUGCUCACAAAGGAAUGAUAAAUAAAUUUAUAGUUGAUCAUUACAAGGAUAAAGGAUAUUUCAGAUGUUAUUCAUUAUCUGACAGUAUAGAAAAAAAAAUCAUUUUAUAUUCAAUUAUAACUGAACUCAAUCUGAUUUACUAUAAAAUAAUGUAACAACUUGAAAUUUUCAGUUUCAAACAAAUCUUAGAGAUUUAUCUAGCCUGUCAUCAGCUUUAUCAUAUUGAAAUCAGUUUGAUAUCCAAUUUUAAUCUUUUUACUCUCAAUUUUCAUCUAAAUCUUGUUAAUCUGGGAAUGAAAAUGAAAUCUAAACAAACUUACAAUUUGAUGUUUAGCUGUUCAAAUAGGCUUGAUCGUUAUGCAUAAGCUGCUAAUCAAUUACAAUCAACCCGCAAAUUCCUCACCAUUAACAUCAUCAUUAAAGCAUCUUUAAAUGAACAUCAAACUUAAAGUUUAAUCCUCAUCAAUACCAUGAUUCUCACCAUUAACACUGUGAUUUUAUUUCCACUAUAAUAUAAACCUAUGUUCAACUUUCAUUAUAUUAUUACACUCGACUUUAUGCCUUUUAA